AGAUAAAGCGACGAAGAAGAAGUCGACUCCAACAUGGCGACCUAGGACACCUUCCACGCUUGUUUGUUGACAAAUAUCAAAAAUCAAUUCUUUUUGCUUCAUUUGAGAGUUUAUAGACUGGAAACAUGUCGAGACUCAUCGUUAAAAACCUCCCAAAUGGGAUGAAGGAGGAGAGGUUCCGAGGGAUGUUUGCGGCGUUUGGGACCGUGACUGACUGCACCCUCAAGUUCACCAAGGACGGCAAGUUCCGCAAGUUUGGUUUUGUUGGGUUCCAAAGCGAGGACGACGCGAAUACAGCGUUGAAGCAUUUUAACAGGAGCUUCGUGGACACUUCAAGAGUGACGGUGGAGAUGUGUAAGGCAUUUGGUGACCCCACUAAAUCAAAAGCCUGGAGCAAACACACUCAGAGCUCUGAACCAGAAAAACCAGCCACACAAACUAAAACUGCUGAAAAAUUGGAGAAGGGGAAAAAGACAACCAGUGCAGUGAAAAAGCUCGAGGAGGAUGAGGAGUUCAAGGAGUUCUUGUCAGUGCAUCAGAAUCGAUGCCAAGUGCGGACCUGGGUGAAUGAUGCAAUGGAGCAGGCAGUCGACCGUGACAGCGCCAAGGCAAAAAGCAAGGAGAAGCUGGCUGUUGAUGAUUACCUCAACUUUGACUCUGACCAGUCGGAUGAUGAAUAUGAGGAAAAAGAAGAGGAAGAAGGCAGUGAAGAGGACUGCACAACCACGAAAGAAGCUCUGAAGUCCAGCUUGUCAGAUAUGGACUAUCUGCGCUCAAAGAUGGUACGAACUGAGGACGCUAUGGAUGAAAGCGAUGAAAAGGAUGACAAGCUGCAGGGGGAUGACGAAGAAGAAGAUUUUGGACCUGCACAACUCAACGACAGCGCCUACGAGAGCGGGGACCGAAAUCACACCGCCAAGAUGAAGAACUCUGUUCCCUCUGAGGACAAGAAGCAGGGAAAAGGCAAGAAAAAUGCAAGACAAGAGAUUGAACCAACAACAGAGUUCACGGUUAAGCUUAGAGGAGUCCCGUUCAAUGUUAAAGAGCAUCAAAUUAAAGAAUUCAUGACGCCACUGAAGCCUGCUGCCAUCAGAAUUGGAAGAAAUGAAAGUGGGAACAGAACAGGCUAUGUAUAUGUAGAUCUUCACUCUGCAGAAGAGGUUGCAAAGGCCUUGAAGAAGAAUAAAGACUAUAUAGGAGGGCGCUACAUUGAGGUAUUCGGCGUUGAGGCAUCCGGAUGGAACAGGACUGACCGAAAGGACAAAGCAAUUGACAAAAACUUCAUCAGGAAACUGAAGGAGGACGAGGAGGAAGAGGAUGUUGCGGAAUCAGGACGUCUCUUUGUCCGAAACCUCCCUUACACAUGCACAGAAGACGAAAUCACAGAAGUAUUUUCUAAACAUGGUCCGUUAGCUGAGGUGCUCUUCCCCAUUGACAAUCUAACAAAGAGACCUAAAGGUUUUGCUUUCAUAACGUACAUGAUUCCAGAAAAUGCUGUGGCGGCUUUGGCCCAGCUGGAUGGGCACAUUUUUCAGGGCCGGAUGCUUCACCUGCUCCCAUCCACAGUUAAAAAGGAAAAAAGUGAAUCUACAGACGCAGGCGGUCCCGGCUCCUCAUCUUAUAAACGUCAAAAGGAAGCAAAAAACAAAGCUUCUAGUUCCAGUUCACACAACUGGAAUACACUCUUUCUGGGCACAAGUGCCGUAGCCGAUGCCAUUGCGGAAAAAUAUAACACCACAAAAAGCCAAGUCUUUGACCAUGAGACGAAGGGAAGUGUCGCAGUGCGAAUGGCUCUGGGGGAGACACAGAUUGUCCAAGAGACUCGCCAGUUUCUAAUAGACAGCGGUGUCAGUUUGGAUUCCUUUAGUCAGGCAGCUGCAGAAAGGAGCACAACCGUGAUCUUGGUGAAGAACCUCCCAGCCGGAGUGACCGUGUCAGAGCUGGAGGAGCUCUUCUCCACUCAUGGCUCUUUGGGGCGAGUGCUGCUGCCGCCCUCCGGCCUCACCGCCAUCAUCGAGUUCCUGGAACCCACUGAAGCGAAGCGUGCUUUUACUAGACUCGCCUACAGCAAGUUCCAUCACGUCCCAUUGUAUUUGGAGUGGGCGCCUGUGGGGGUGUUUGUUGCAACCAAAGCAGUGCCAGUGAAAGCAGAGGAGGAGAAGAAGCAACAGAAGGAUGAAAAAGACAAGGAUGAAGAAGAAGAAGAGGAGGAGGAGGAGGAAGACUCUGUUCCAGGUUCCACACUUUUCAUCAAGAAUCUAAAUUUCAGCACGACCGAAGAAACACUUCAAGAGACUUUCUCAAAAUGUGGCAAGGUGAAGUCAUGCACAAUCUCGAAGAAAAAAGACAAAACAGGGAAAAUACUGUCAAUGGGCUAUGGUUUUGUUCAGUAUUAUACCGCUGAGUCAGCACAGAAAGCCUUGCGACAGCUCCAGCACUGCAAUGUUGAUGAGCACAGCUUAGAGCUGAAGAUUUCAGAGAGAGCUACAAGGGCUGCUGAAGUGCCGCGCAAGAAAAAGCAGGUGGACAAGAAGCAAACGGGAUCAAAGAUCCUUGUGCGAAAUGUUCCCUUCCAAGCCCGUGUCAAGGAAAUUCGAGAACUCUUCUGUACAUUUGGAGAGCUGAAAACAGUCCGUCUUCCAAAGAAAGCAGCAGGUACAGGGAAUCAUAGAGGUUUUGGCUUCAUUGACUUCGUCACUAAGCAGGAUGCCAAGAAAGCAUUCACUGCCUUGUGCCACAGCACCCAUCUUUACGGGAGACGUCUUGUGCUAGAAUGGGCUGAUACGGAGGAAACAGUGGAAACACUGAGACGGAAAACAGCUGAACAUUUUCAUGUGGCCAGCAAAAAGCAACGAAAGGCAGAGGUGCUCGGGGGAAUUCUGGAAGAGAUGGAAACUCCACAAGAUGCGGAGGACUGAAACUGAUGCCGUUGCCUACAUUGAAGCCAAAAGGAAUUGAGGGGUUGAGAGAUCUGUUGUCACUACCUAAAGGUUGCGAGUUUGAUUGCUAGCUACCUCAACAACGUGUUGAGGUAUUGUUGAGAAAGAUGCGCCAGUUAAACUGGAUGGUGUGUGAUUCAGGAAUUUUAAUACAUUACAGUAGAUGCCAGCACCAUUAAUCAUGUUAGUAAGGAUGGAAUUAAGUACUGUAAAAGUCUUCAGUACCAAGAAGUGUUAAGAAUUACACAUUGAACAGUCUUGAUCUCAUAUGAGAAUCUACACAAAAUAUGAGAAAUAUGUUUUUAUUUAAAGAUGUUUUGUACAGGAUGUUUUGAAAUCUGUUUAAAAUUAAAGUUUAAAAAAA